GGCAUUAAACUUAAAGCUAUGAGUCCAGUAUCUAAAGAGCGAUCAGACUUUCCAGCCUAUAAUGCAGUGGUUGGCGGUGUGGUAGCUCUUCCAUGCAAUGUAACCCCUCCUACAUAUGAUGACGGCGUGUCACUAGUGUUGUGGUAUAGGGACGACACGGGAAACCCUAUCUAUACAGUGGACGCUCGGACCACACAUUUAGAUAAUGCCAAACAUUUUUCCUCAUCAGAAAUAUUGGGAAACAGAGGUGUCUUUAAUAUAACAUAUCCGAUGGCAUACAUGAGGAUUAAUCCGGUCAAAGCCAAUGAUGGCGGCGAAUACCGGUGUCGAGUGGACUACCGUCGGGCCCGGACUGUCAACCGGAUCCUUAAGCUCAAUGUUAUUGUGCCUGUAUCUAAAGUGGUUAUCUAUGAUGACUCUCGCAAUCGCAUCAGUGAUAUCGCUGGUCCAUUCAAUGAGGACUCGUCGGUCAAUUUGACGUGUGAAUCGGAAGGAGGAAACCCUUCGCCGACAGUCAAAUGGUGGCGGGGCUCAGCCUUAAGCGAUGAAUCCUAUUACACAACACCUAAAGGACUCAUCAGAAAUGUGAUACAUAUACCAAAACUAACGAGAGAUGACCUGAUGAUGGUUCUGACCUGUCAGGCGUCCAAUACCAACCUGACAGUGCCUGCAACACAAACCAUUGCUAUUGAUCUCAAUUUAAAGCCAAAGGAAGUGCGAAUUAUAACUCCGGCACACAAUAUGUCGGCCGGAGAUCGGGUAGAGUUGGUCUGCCAGUCGAGUGGCUCUCGACCGGCGGCUAAGAUUAACUGGUGGAAGGGUUCGACACAAAUAGAUAGUAGUGGCGAAAGUACAUCAGAUGACGGAUCAGUUACGACCAAUUUCUUAACUUUUAUGCCAUCAAUAGAUGAUAAUGGAAAGACAUUGUCGUGUUGUGUCACUAAUUUAAAAUUUCCUGAUUUUGAACUGAAAAAUAAUUGGACAUUAAAUGUCUUAUACGCACCGAUUUUAUCAUUGAUUUUGGGCGCCAGUGUUCAACACCAGGAAAUACUUGAAGGCAGUGAUGUAUACUUUGAGUGCAAUAUUCAAGCCAAUCCACCCGUCACUCAACUCAGUUGGUUAUAUAAUGACCAACCAUUAGAUAGCACGACAAAAACAACGGCGAUUGAAGUUAAAAAUAAUUCACUAUUGAUUCGUAAUAUAGGACCUAAAAUGCAUACCGGAAAGUACCAGUGCUUUGCUGUCAAUAGUCAGGGAAAGGGUGAAAGUGAUGUCGUCAAUCUCAAAGUUAAAUAUCCACCAAUUUGUAAGUCAGUUCAGAGAGUAUACUACGGAGUGGCCAAACAAGAAGAAGCGAGAGUUGAGUGCGAAGUAGACGCCGAUCCAAGUGAUGUAGAGUUUCAUUGGGCUUUCAAUAACAGCGCCAAUGAUAACCCGGAUAUGAUAUCAUUUGUCAGUGAAGGCAAAAAAAGUUAUGCAACUUAUAUACCACGAGUUGACUUAGAUUACGGACGACUAUAUUGUUGGGCACAGAAUAGCGCCGGCAAACAGAGAGAGCCGUGUGUUUUCUUUGUCAUUGAAGCCGGACCGCCUACUCCACCAGACAACUGUUCCCUAACUAAUAUAACAGCACAUGAAGUAACUAUAGAAUGUUUGCCGGGAUAUUCUGGUGGUUUGGAUCAGAUCUUCUAUCUGGAAGUCUUCAGUGCGAAUCCAAACCGACUUUUAGUUAACUUAAGUUCAACGGAAUAUCCAUUUUUCAUUGCAAAAGGAUUGCCGGCCGGCUAUGCCUUUCGUUUGAUUGUAUACUCGAGUAAUACUAAAGGAAAGAGCAAAGGCGUCACCAUUACUGGCAAUACACUGGUGGCCGCUCACUGGCAAAGUGAUAAUACGGAAGACUUAGAAAUUAGUCCACUGCUGACAGUCCUUAUGAUAGUUGUGGGCGCUCUCAUUGUUUUGGCAAUCAUUAUCAUAAUGAUUAUGAAAAUCAAAUCAGAAGAACAACUUAAACAUCAUAAUCAAGAAUUAGCAUCAGUUCAACCAACUGAUACAACAAAGACAACUCCCAGAUCUAUAAUGAAAAAGACAUCACAUUUGCAAAACUCAUACAUCGAUAACAAGAGAGAGGGAACGUGUCAUACGAUUAAAAUAAGAGAUUCAAUGCAAAUGAGAGAAAUAACAUCAGUUUUAGAGGAAAACGAGGAUAUGGAAAGAGAGGGUUCAUUUUCAGUUAGCAACCAUAGCUCUACCCCACUGACCCUUUAUGUGCCUCCGCCGCCCCAUUGUUUCACAGACGGCCCAAUAUCUACCAAACGGUGCCAAUUAAUGACUGAUAUGCAAGAUUUGUCCGUAAAUUCUGGUCUCUCGACUAGAGAUCAGUCAAAUAUUUUGUAUUCAUUUAAACACAACCAUAUAAUACCACAAAAAGAAGAGAAUCAUAAGCAAAAAGUAGAAAUUGUGGUCCCAGUGCUUAAAAAACGGAACCUAUUAGACACAACCAUCACUGAAAUCAAUGAUAUAGACUCCAAACAGUAUAGAUGUUUAUAUAAUAAUACAGAAUCGCUAAAUGCAAUCAACAAAAUAGUUAGUCCGGCGUCGGGUGGCUCUCAACACGACUCAGGACAGGAGGACGACGAAGAGUGUUGUAAUAACAAUACACCACUUAUGGAGAUUAAACGUCCGGAUCAAGCGUGGGUAUUGAUUGAACAAAUCGAUAACUCAGAGCCAUCGACACCCGUCUGA